AUGAAUUCGUCAAGACUUUCCCAAUCAUCUUCCUCCACAACAUCCUCUGGUGCUUCAUCAAACAGAUUAAGCUUGGCUUCUAGAAAGAGUAUUUCUAGAAGAGCUUCUGUUAGUCAAUCCACCCUUUCGAAUAUUACUGCUCCAGCAAUUAAACCAAAUACAUCUAUGGUUAACUCAACUAACAAUGCUGAUAAUUCAAAACUGAGAAAGAAACCAAACAUUCCAAAGCAACCUACACAAAAGGUUACCCCUACUGUCACACCAACAUCUAAUUCCAGUGUUAUUUCAGAUCAAAAUCAAUUGUUAAACACUUCCACUCAUUCAUCCCAUUCUUCCACUGACCCUUCUGAAAUCAGAGCUCAACAACAACUCAUGCAAUUCCAAGAACAGUUAUUCUUCUUGGAACAAGGUAUUCUUGAAAGAGAUAGUGUUUUGGGCGAACUCCAAAAUGAAAAUAACUACCUCAGAGAUGUUAUUAAUCAAAUUAACAAUACCAAUCAAGAUAUCUUGAAGCAAAAGAAUUUACUUGAGAAGGAAAAGAAAAAGAAUCCACUUGCUGUUGAAAUAGCUGAUAUGAAGAAGAAGUAUGCAAAGAUUGAAGAGAAGUGUAAGAAAAUCACUCAAGAGAAAUCAGAUCUCCAAAAGACUCAACAAGUCCUUGAUAAGGAGCUCAAAGAAUUGAAGAAAAAGAAUGUCAAGCUUGAGGGACAUCAAGAAAAGAUUUUGAAUCAACAAAAGUUGCUCAAAGACUUGGAAAGAAUGACAAAUGAGCUUGAAGAAGUGAAAAAUUCAUUCGAAAGAGAAAGAGAAGCUUCUGAAAAGUAUAGAGAAAUUAAUGAAACACUCACAAGAGAAAAUGAAGAAAAACAAGCUCACUUAUCUGCAUUUAUUCAAGAAUACCAAUCUGCUACAAACCACACAAAGAUGUUAGAGUCUGCUCUUGACCAAUUAGAUGCUCACAAUAAGCAAUUAAUGUCAGAAAUUGAUAACAAGCAAUCUGAUAUUAAUCAUUUGAGUGAAGAACUCAACAGUGGAAGACAACAUUGUGAAGCAGUGGAAUCAGAACUCAAAGAAAAGUCAGCUUUUUGUGAAAAUAUUUCUUGCAAGUUGGAGGAAGCCACUCUUCAAUUACAUGCUGCUAUCCGUUCUUUGGAAGAACGUGAAGAGCAAACCAAGUCUUUUGCUGCUGAACUCGAUCAACUACAAGACCAACUUCAAAGAGCAAUCAGAGACAACCAAGAAAAGCAAUCACAAAUUAAUAUUUAUGAAGGUCAAAUUGUUACUCUCAAACAAAAGGAAGCAGAGUUACAAAUUGUUGGGUCGAACCUCCUCAAUGAGCAAACUCGUAAUUCUGAACUCACAGAAGCUAAUACAAGGUUAAACUCGUUGCUUACUACUCAAUCCCAAAAGAUUGAUCACCUAGAAAGAAAUAAUCAAAAUUUGAAGAAGACAAUUACAGAACUGGAAAGUGUUAAUGAUUAUCUGUCCUCAAGACCAGCAGUCUCAGUAUCUGACACAUCAGAGCUCAACGAACGUAUUCAUAAUUUGACUGCAGAGAUUGAUCUCUUAAAAUCUAGUUUGGAAAAGAGUGAAGCCAAGAGACUCUCAAAUGAAGUUACAAUUGAAACUCUUCUCAAGCAAAAUGAUCAUCUCAAACUUACAGUUGAAGAUAUGAAAGGUAUGAAGGACAAGGUUGAACAAUUAGAGGCUUCCAACUUGAUUCUGAAGAGAUCUAAGGAAACAUAUGAAGUAAUGCUAAACGAAAAGAGAAGUAUUGCAAGACCUCAAGAGCUCCAACAGCAAGAAAAGUUUACUGCCAUGUCAGACAUGAUUGAAAAGUUGACAGCUCAAAACAAGCUGCUUCACGAACAAGUAAUAACCCAACAAUCAGAGUUAGGAAGAUGUAAUGAAGAUUUUGUGGAGAUGGAAAAGAGAAUUCGUGAAUUGGAGGAAGAAAACCACGAAUUAAUUAAGAAUACUUAUUCAAGAGACAUUUUACAAUUAGAAAAGGAGAACUUGGAUUUGAGAAAAUAUAAGAAUCUCUAUUUGCAACAACCAAGCAACAAUAAUCAAGAAAGAGCUCCACUGAAAGUAAAGAACAUCUAA